AUGGCGGACGAUCAACCCGCUCUCCCUGCCGUUCAACGAGCCGUCGCGUGGACUGCCACCUGCGUGUCCUUUCUACUCGUCAUCUUCCGUUUGGUGAUCCGUAUCAAAUCCUUCAAAAAACUUUUCUCCGACGACUUCCUGGUCAUUGCAGCGUGGCUGUUCCUUCUGACGUCUUCCAUCCUAUGGCAAAUCAAGAGUGACAUGCUAUUCUGGAUGUACGACAUCCAGACCGGAAAGCGCCCGCCGUCACCUGAUUUCCUCCAAGAAUAUGCCAGCUACAUGCCUGUGGUGGUCGCUUGGAACACUCUUUUCUACUCAUGCCUGUGGGCAGUCAAGUUUUCAUUCCUUAUGUUCUUCCGCCGUCUGGGAACCCGCGCCACAGGCGAUAGGAUCUGGUGGUGGACGGUUUUUGUUGCCGCCGCGAUUGGCUGGGUUGCGUGUAUCGCGGAUAUUGAUUUCGGUUGUACUACCAAAGAUCUCACAUAUAUAAUGACACAAUGCGGCCUCGCUUCACACGUAUUAUUUGAUGACCGCACAUUCUACGCCAACAUGGUCGUCGAUAUUUUCACUGAUCUGCUGAUUUUGUCUAUUCCUUUUCGACUCCUCUGGAACGUCAGAAUUCCGCUUAAGAAGAAGUUGAUCCUCCUAGGAGUGUUCUCUUUUACCAUCUUCAUCAUCCUGACCGCCAUCAUUCGCGUGGGAUUGGUAAAAGGAACCAGCGGCGCAGUUCAAGUGUCCAGCAUGGACUGGCUUUACCUCUGGUCCAAUGUUGAGUCUGGUGUGGCCAUCGUGGUUGCUUGCCUCGCAUCCUUUCGCCAACUAUUCGUUCACAACAAGCAGGGCGGAUCUGGCAAUAGUGGCCAGUCUCCUUUUCGGAAGAUUCUAUCAUAUCUUGGAUUCGAUCGACUUCGAUCCACCACUCGCCUCGAUGGCACCCCGCGCAGCAGAAAUGGCGGUCCGGAGCACAGGGGCAGUCAUGGUUCACUCGACCACGAAGUGCCGCUGAAUGCAGUGCGUAUCCGGCAUAGUUUCGACAUCAUUCGUGAUCAGCCCACAGGUGGAAAGUCAAACCAGACAUCUUUGGAGCCCAGAGGGCACGAGUUCGUUUGA